GUUGCCACACGCAGCGUUCCAGCCCCGUUUCAAGUGGCCACCAUGCGGGCCGUGGAGCUUGGAGAGAAGGUUGAACAAGAGGUGGAGGUUAUCAAUGUUGAGGAUACCAAGUUCAGCGCGACUGCAUGCGAGGAGGCCACUACCAAGCUUGCAGACCCAGUCGUUCCAGGCAUGUCCAAGGCAAACUUGGUAGUGAAUGUGGAGACAGUUCCAGGUAAAGCACAGACUCCGCAUGCAGAUGCCAAGAUGCAACAGUCCAACCAAGAAGUGCUCGAAGAUUUGUGUGGCGACGGCUGGAGCUGCUCGCCAAUUGAUGUAGAGAAAGACUUGUUCGAGAUCAAACUCCCAGCGGUGAGAUACCAACUACCGAUGGGUGUGGUCUCCAUUCCUUCGCCGCUGUUCCACGCACAGGUGCGCAACUCGAAUGAGGUGUCUGACAACUACAGCGAGAGGUUAGUGGCAGACAUCGUGCUACAGAACGGUGACAAGAUGCUUUGCGUCGA